CUGCAUGCAAUGCAGCUGCAAGGAGGUAAUAUGUACUGUAGCCUGCUGAGCUGCAGAGCAGAAAUAACUUCUUCAAAGCAGCAGCUCAUAUCCGAAUUUGUUUUUCCCAUGCUCAGCUCUCAAUCUGCGCGUUCUAACAGUGCGAUCUGCAUUUAGUGCUUUGAAUUUUGUAGUGAUCAAUCUGCAGACUUGCAAUAGGACCAGGCGGUGGCAACUUCUGGAUACACGAGCACGGUCCUCGUUAGACAUGGGGGAUGCAGGACCGAGCAGUUCCUCAGGGAUGGCUGCAGCGGUGCUAGAGGGUGGCACUGCCGGCGCAGACGAAGUAGCCUUCACCAUAAAGUGGUCUGGGAAAGAGUACACGAUCCUGAUAGAAGGUGGAGCAACUGUCGCCGACCUAAAAGAGAGAAUCAACCUGCAGACCAGCGUCUUCGCCAAGCGUCAGAAGCUGCUUGGAUUGAAAGCAGCGUCCGGCAAGCUUGCACACGAUGGCACCCGCAUAUCAGACCUGGCCAUAAAACCAGGGGCCAAGAUCAUGAUGAUGGGGACUGCAGAGCAGGAAAUGUUGGUGGAGCCUGAGGAUGUGCCAGAGAUUUUGGACGACUUUGAGAUCGCGGCCGAGGAGGAAAAGGCAAUCCAGCAUAGGGACGAGAACCUGGCUAAGCUGCGGCGGCGCAUCGUACAGUACAAACUAGUCAUACGGAACCCGCCCCGGCCCGGAAAGAAGCUCCUAGUCCUCGACAUCGACUACACGCUCUUCGACCAUCGAUCGGUGGCGGAAACGCCCCUGGAGCUUCAACGCCCCUUUCUGCACGAGUUCCUUGCAGCUGCGUACAGCGAGUAUGACAUCAUCAUCUGGUCAGCGACGGGGAUGAAAUGGGUGGAGGUCAAGAUGAAGGAGCUGGGCGUUCUCGCCAACCCUAGUUACAAGAUCACGGCGCUCAUGGACCACGGCGCAAUGAUCACCAUCGGCUCCGGCAAUCGCGUCUUCGACUGCAAACCACUCGGUGUCAUCUGGGGCAAGUUCCCGGAGCACUACAGCGAAAAGAACACCAUCAUGUUCGACGACAUUCGGCACAACUUCGUCAUGAAUCCGCAGAACGGGCUCAUCAUCCGGCCGUUUCGAAAGGCCCACUUUAACCGAACAUCUGAUCGAGAGCUGCUUCACUUAACGGACUACUUAUUAGCAAUUGCAGAGUUGGAGGAUCUUAGCAACCUAAAUCACGAACAGUGGGAAGUCUACGUACGGCGGCAAAGGCGACGCCAAGGUUAAUUCAAGUUAUUAUGGAAAUUAGACCAAAGAUAAGACACGGGACUGACUUCAAUCCAUGAACCUCCAGCGAACGCCAAGCUUUGUAUGCAGAAACAGUCACUGCACAUGUAAGACUCAUGCAGCGCUUGCAGCGCCGAGUGGCAACAUGAUGGUUCCAUCUGAUCCGACUCAGUACCUGGCGCGCUAGAUCAGUGCCCUAGGCAGUUUGACGACAGUUCGGACUGUCUAAUCUGCUGACAUCGGCCAUGCACAGUAGCCUGCCACACAGACGUACCGUAGUGCCAAGUGGUCGGAAAAACUGUCUGGCAUAGAUCAUUCAAUUAAUCCUUGCAAUAUCCCGU